AUGCACAACGCCGCUUCGCUAAUUAUUCUGUAUAAAAGCAGACGAAUGAUCAUGGAAUCCAACUUGGACAAACUGAACUCUCAGGUUAUCUCCUCUUGUGUUUAUCUAUUUCAGGGCACUUGCGUUAGCAAGUAUAUUGGAAGAACCGGGAGACGUUUGGCCCCUCGGAUUUCAGCACAUGUCCCGGGAAAUUUAGCGCUCAACGGCUCGAAGAUUCUCUCCAACUCUAUCGGCCGCCACAUAUUGGAUUGCAAAUUCUGCACCGAUCCAAAGCAAGCAUUUCGAGUGUUAAAACAAGCGAAAACUGGGCGGUUGUUACGGUUUGCUGAGGCCAAAGCCAUUCGGCGUCACAAAUCAGACCUCUACAUGCAAUUAGAACUUGUGGCCACUCUCACCCUUUCAUGGUAG